GGAAUCUGUCGUCGUCGUUCCCUCUGUCGUAUCUGUCGACUUUCGUAUCUGUCGACUUUCCCUCUGUUCGUCGUCGUUCUGGUGGUAUCUGCCUGCUGCUUCCUCACGCACAUCUCCAGCCUGAGGUGAUCAAUGGAUGCAACGCAGAUCUGAUCUGACACACGCGCACGCGCACACGCCCGUCCGUCCAUGCAUGUUGGGAUUUGCAUGAUUGUUUGUCUGUCUUGUCUGUCUGGCAGUUUCAGGCGGGCGUCUGAUUCGUCUGUUGGCGGCUUCACAUCGGGAUCUCCAUCGUCACUGGCGUCGGCACCACUUGUCAAGCCACUCGGGUCGAUGGCUGCAGUGGCCAAGGCGCGGGGCUGAUUGGGGCUUUCGUGUCUGACGCAGCCACAAUGCCCUCUGCGCUGGAUAUGUAAGUCGUAAGGCCACAGACCCCAAGUGCACCGCGCCGACCAUCAUUGCGAUGGAUCGCUCUCAAUGCGUUCUUGCGUGGGUGCCAAUGCAUCGAGUGCAGAUGACCAGAGUGAUGUGGCCAAGAAGGUUGAGAGCAAAGGCGGUGAGGCGGCCUUCUACUCGUCGCCUUCAUGCCCCUUCUACAAAUAUCCCAAGGGAAGCUUGUCGUGCUACGGCGACGAGGCAACACCCCUCCUGCACAGCAUCGCCCGGCAAGGAAAGGAUUUUCAUCUCGACACAUUCGCCGAGGAUUUUUUCACUUGGGCGAAGGGUUACCAUGGGCGGCUCAAUCACAUGAGCAAGGUCAGCCAGCCAAUCGGCCAGCUGUCCAGCUGGGUGCACGUGUGUGUGUGUGUGUGUGUGCAGGAGUUCGUCAGCAAUCGCGAUGCGGGCAAGAGUUGGGACAAGUGUGCGUCGGGCAGCAAGGAUGCUCACAACCUCAUCAAGGUGCGAAAGAACGAACGGCACGGGGCCGCCCGCACACACACACGUGUGUGUCCCUGGUGUCUGUCAGAUACCCAUCAUAGCCGCUCGGUGGGCCGGCACCCCCGACUAUAUGACCAAGGUGGAGCAGAUCACACAGCUGCACCAGGUCAGACAGACAGACCACAACUCCCAUGCUGUCGAGCACAACACGGCCGCAAAGCACGGCCGCAUCUGCCCUGUUGUCUGUGUCUGGUUCAUCAGUACGAGCCGAUAGCGACGGUAGUCGCGCGUGUGUGUGCGCGCAUCUAUGAGAAGGUUUUGUUAGGGGCGACGCCAAAGGGUGCGUUCGAGGCGGUGCUCAGUGACGGUGUGAACGGGAGGAAGGGAGGCAUCAGAUAAAGCACAAACAGACGGCCUGGCCGGACCGUGUGCGCUGCAAUGUAUGUGGGUUUCUGCUAGGCUCCUCGCCGCCGGAUGAGAGGGCGGUUCUCGAGAAGGCCAAGUCCAAGCAGGGCGAGCCGUACCCCAAGGCCGUCAAGGAACUCGGACUCUCAUGCGCACUUCCGGGUGAGUGUAGUAAGUCCAUGCAAGGAGCAGUACAUCGAUCAAUCGAUCGGUUGUUCUCAUGUGUGCCUGCAGGGUCUGGCGAGGCCGCGCUGCUGUCUCUGCUGGUCUUCGACGGCUACCACGCCGCUGUCGAGGUGUGUAUGUGCAUUUAAGAGACAAUGCCAGGCAGGCACGUCACACGUAUGGGUGUCCCUCGCUGGCGGUGUUUCACCGAUCUAUCAGGGCAACAUCCUGGCGGCAGGCGACAACUGCUCGCGGAGCCUUCUGCUCGCUGGCGUCUUUGCCGCUGCGUCUGGGGCAGAUUUUGUUCCAUCCUCGUGGCAGCACAAGACGACGGCCCUGCCUGAGCUGACCAAGAGCAUCGACGCGGUCGUCGAUCUCAACCCGGCACUCUCGGAAUAGCUGCGGUGUGCACCGACGAUCAUCCCCUAUAUGAAUUUUCAAACCGGGGUUCUUUCCCUGUGGAAUUCACGCAGCGUAUGCGAGAGCUGUUUUGGUUAAGCAAAACUAGACAGCAGAGACACGCUUCUGUGCCAUUCGCAUGGCGUUCGGCAGCCGAACAAAGGAGGGAGAAAAGAACACAAUCCCUUCCGGUUUCACGCAUUUCCUAAACAUUCGUCUUUACUGUUUUACGGACACGCCUGCCCGAAGGGCAGGCACUCCACUUGUCGAUGUAAUCUGCCUGAAAGCCCGACGAAUCAUCGAUUGUCUUGCCGUUUAGCGUAGUCUUUAGUUAGUGUAUGUGUGUGACAGCACAGAUUAACAGUGUGUGGAGCACAUGAAUGACAGCCUGGCGUAUCUCUGAGACAUCCCAAGUGCAUGAAGGACUGCAUUCAUUGCAUGAAUAACAC